AUGUAUGAUGAGGCAUUAAAAGCGUUUAAAAUGCUAAAAGUGUCUAUUUAUAGAACUUUUCUACAACGUAUGAAUAAAGCUUGUAAAAAUGAAUUAACAUUUGUGGAAGUCAUAGGUUCUAAUCGUCAUAGCGCAACUAAAGCAAAACUUAAACUUUUAUAUUGCAGUUCCUAUAAUUAA